AAGCGUUUUAGAGGAGCUUAAUUUAUCAAAUUUAAACCCAAAAUAUUAUUAAUUAAUUUCUAAACCCUGCAAAUUUUCCCCAUUUUCGAAGAGUUUUCCUCAUUUGAAACUCGGAAAAUCAAUUUCGAUUAUCGCACCUUAAUUAAUUGAUUAAUUAUGACUUCUCUGGUUUAAAUUUCGAUUAUUUUUUCAAUUUUUUUGAUAUAUUUUCUCAUUUUUAUUCAUUUAUUUAACAAUCUGUAAAUGUUGAAUGAGAAUUUGAUUUCGGAAAUUCACUGUUGAUAAAUCUUUGCUCUUCACGAAUUUUCGAGGAAGACGAAGAAUUUUGGAGGUGAAUUGCAGAGUUCCAGCUCCAGUGAGGAAAUGACAAUGAUUGAGCUAUGGAAAUGAAAUUAAUGGGUUUUGGAGCAGAACAAUUGAAUUUGAAUUCUGGAAACAUAGGUAGUCGAAAUUGGUGUUUGUUGGAUUACUAAUGGCAGAUACCGAAGAAGGAUUAGAUGAAUGGAGGGAAUUGAUGAUGGGUUCCAAGGGAUUAUUCUCAGGUUUUGCACCUCAGAAUUGUGGAACUGAAUCUAUGAACGAGUUUUUCAAUGGUGAAGCAAUCGAGAACUCGUUGAAUUUCGAAAAUGGAUCGAAUUGCUCGAACAUUGUCAAUAAUUCUAGUGUGAUUAAGAAUGGUAUGAGCAUAGCUGAGAGGAGAGCAAUGAAGUGUGGGUUUAGUGCUUCCAAGAUUUGUACCCCUCGAUUUAGGACUAGUGGCCUGUUGUCUUCUCCUGGUGGUGGUGGUUCUUGUUCACCUUUUAUGACAGUAGCAUCUGGUAUUAGUCCACAUACAUUGCUCGAAUCUCCAAUGUUGCUGCCAAAUUCACAGUUAUCUCCAACAACUGGAUCUUUUGCAUCACGCCCUAUUAAAGAAGAGUUUCAGAUGUUGAUUUCAGAAUCAUCUUUGGAUGCAGAAAAGGGAAGUGAUGGUGGUUCUUCUAUCAUGUUUAAGCCUCAUACUGAAACCACUUCUUUGGCCGGUUUUCAUGACGAAGAUAAUCAGUUGUGUAAAGAUGUUUGCACGGACAGUCAUUACGGUUACUCACCACCUGAAAGAAAACCUUUGGAUGACCUGAUUGUUAAUUCAAACUCAUCUACUUUUCAACCAUGCGAGUCAAACAUUGUUGCCUGUCCUCAAAUGACACACGAAAAUGGUUCUCCCAUGGGAGAUGAUUCAGGGACCCACCAAAUCGAUCAAGAAUAUCACGAUUCUUUGGACGGGGGCCAGAAUGGAAUAUACCCUAAUACUGAAACUGCAAGAAUUGCUGAAGAUGGUUACAAUUGGAGGAAAUAUGGUCAGAAACAGGUCAAGGGUAGUGAAUAUCCUAGGAGUUACUAUAAAUGUACCCAUCCAAACUGUCCAGUGAGAAAAAAGGUCGAACGUUCUCUUGAUGGACACAUUACAGAAAUCAUCUAUAAGAAUGCACACAGUCAUCCGAAGCCACAACAAUGUCGGAAGUUAACAUCGGGGUUAUUACCAUUCAAUGAAACGUCAUCAGAGCUAGGUGAUGGUAAUGGUAAUGGUUCUUGUAUGAAAGUUAAUGGUGUGUGGAGAAGUACACAAUCUGGGUAUAACAAUGGUGUUGUGUCAGACUGGGGAAAAACUGAUGGGUUGGUGGAGAUGACAUCAUCAACAUCCGCUCUGACUGAAAUUUCUGAUCUACUUUCAACCAAUCAAGGAAAGCCGAUGGGUGUGUUUGAGUCAGCAGGGACACCGGAGUUCUCAUCAACGCCGGCUACUCAUGAAGAUGAUGAAGAAGAUGCUGCCACUCAAGGAGGAGGCUUUUUGAUUGGACAUGACAGUGAAAUUGAACCUGACUUGAAAAGAAGGAAGAAAGACGGAUGUUUUGCCGAGGCAAGUUUAGGUUCUAGGGCUGUCCGUGAACCAAGAGUUGUUGUUCAGGUAGAGAGCGAAAUUGAUAUACUUGAUGAUGGGUAUCGCUGGCGCAAGUAUGGGCAAAAGGUUGUUAAGGGAAAUCCGAAUCCAAGGAGCUACUACAAAUGUACAACUCCUGGAUGCACUGUCAGGAAACACGUGGAGAGGUCCGCAGAGAGUCUGAAGUUUAUCAUAACAACCUACGAAGGGAAGCACAAUCAUGAAAUCCCAGCUGCUAGAAACAGUGCUCAUUUAAAUUCAGGGACUGGAAAUUUGCCUGCAUCUUCAACUAAUACACAGACAGCCCUAGCAUUACCAAGAAACUCUCAUCUCCUCCCUAAACCCGAACCUCACUCUCAAGAUUUCCCCCUUCAUUUUGAUACAAAAAUCGAGUGCAACAAUGACUUUUACAGUCCUAACUUUUUUGGCAAUCCACCAUUUUACCAAAUGAAAUUCCCUGCCAUGCCAAACAACACUCAAUAUGCUCCUUUUGGUUUGAGUAACCACCAUCCGGGUUAUGCCAGUAGUAGUAUUGUACCGUCCAUUUCAGAGCUUUCUUUCCCGCUUUCACUAGGGUAUCCCCGCUCAUCAAUUGCUGGUUAUUGCAACCCUGAGAUUGAGCAAUCACAUUCUUCAAAUCAAUCCUUGUAUGCAGCAGGACAUCAUCAACUCAGUGAAAGUGAUGUCAAAUUCUUGAGGCCUAAACAGGAACGGAUGGAUGACUCAUUUGAGACAGGCCUAAAUUACAUUGACCAUACAAACACUUCAUCUUCAGUAUACAACCAUGCCAUGGGAAAUUUCCGGCCUUAAAUAUUUUCUUGGCUUGAAACCUGGUUGACAAAUAAGAUGCUUUCAGUUUCAUAUACUCAUGUAGAAAAAAAGAGGUGGCAAGAAGAAGGAUGAUUAUCAGUCAAUUUCGAAGCAGAGAAGUUCUAAUGAAUGGAUAUUGACUGUAACUUCAGAAUACUCAUCUUGAUGAGAAGAGUGGAAGACAUAUAUUGGAAUUAAGGAGCUGAUAAAAGAACAAUCUCAGCUUUCCAUUUUGAUUCAGACAUUUAAAUUUGAUUCCUACAUCAAACACUUCCUUCUUUUUGAAAUGCUUUUGACAUUUUUUGUUCUCACCUUUUGGUUGUUUUUCUAUCUUUUCUUACCAUCUAUAGUUACCAAAACAACAGAACAGACUUCAGAUAUUGCACCAGAGCGCGCCGUGAAAGUGGUGCCGGGUCCGCCAUAAUUGGUGGGAAUUCUUUUUGGUUUUCAGUUGAAGCUUCUUGUGAACACAAAGUAUUUUGCAUCCUAAUUCCUGACAUUUGGAAGUUAUACUCCAUUAUUUAUUGUUUUUCUUGUUGUUGUUCCAAAGUAGUUCCCUGUUAUUUGUUAUGUAAGAACUCUGAAUUGGGAUUCAGAAUUGUUUUUUCUCCAGUUACAAUCUUGUAAAUAAGUCAUUUUUUAAAGUUGACAAUCAACAGAGCAUUUAUUUAUAUCAAUUUGAAGAUUCUACCAAGAAGCUAGAAUGGUGAGCAAUUAUCAAGAAUGCAUUUGAUUUUUAAGCUUCUCUUUUUGCCAAGCAGUUCGCGGUUUUGCAACUGUUUUGCGAACUUAAGAUGAGCUAUGUACACCUUCCUAAUACCGACCCAACCCAACCCUACACGAUGCUAAAACCGGCAAAAGUGGAUUAUCAACCAAUUGAGCCUAAACCAAACUGUUAAAAAUAACAUAAAACUCGACCCCUAAAAACCGGUCAAAGUUCAAAAGGUUAGGCAAUGAUCUAAAACAAAGUCACUUCAAACUCGAAAAUUUCAAUGAAUCAUCUACGAUACCCCGUACUUUGUACAGGGAAUUAUUUAAAACAAAAUCACUUCAAAUCCGCAAGUUUCAAUGACCCAUCCACGAUCCAAAGUACGAUCCCAAGUCCAUCACCGGACGUUUUGCCACCUCUAGACACUAGCUAAACACUAGUUGAGAGAUUAUUCUCAACCAAAGCAAUUUCAACAACACUAGCUAAACACUAGUUGAGAGAUUAUUCUCAACCAAAGCAAUUUCAACAACGCCAUGUCAUGUCAUUCAUAGGUGUGUUCUCUUCGCCUUAUUUAAACUUUGUCACGUAAUUCAUAUAUUUAAUGCUUGUACUCUUCCCCUUAUUCAAACUAUGUCAUGUCAUUCAGAUUAAGGGUUAUGGUGCGUUCUCUUCAUGUCAUUCGUAUUAAGGGGCAAGGUGCGUUCUCUUCGCCUAAUUCAAAAUGGUCCAUUGUUAAGAUUUGACCAUUAACAAUUUAAAAGUCCCCCAAUAAUUCAAAUAAUUCCAACAGCAAAAAAGCAAAUAUUCUCCUCUUCAACCUUUACAUUUGUUGAGUUAUAAAUCCUAUAAUAUGCAAAGUAACAUUACCUUUCAACAUCUUCACCACAAUCAUACCAUUUUUACAUAGUUUUUCUUCAUAAAAGUGAUCAACCUUAAUUUUGCUAAUUCAUAAAAAGAGGUCCAAAUAUAACUAUCACAACAACAUAUGAUUAAUCAUAAAAGAUCUGAACUUUUAUUCAAAAUUAAUAUACACUUUUUGUCAAGAAACUCAUAAAUAUUUCAUAUACCAUUAAAAAAAAAAGAGGAUUACCAAAAAAACAUUGAUUAAUCUGUUAAUAAUCAAACAUUAA